AUGCAUGACAUUCAGGAAAAGUUAACUGCCUUGGAGGACAUCGACGACUUCUGGCCGCGGUUAACUGCCUCAGAAAACGCCGAUGACUACUGGCCCCGGCGACUAUUACACAUACCAACACUGACAUCAAUCCCGAGAGACGAGCGCAACGUCUAUGGAACAACGGAGAAGCCAAAGUACAGCAUCCUCACUUACACUUGGGGCCGCUGGAAAAUCAGGCAUGACGACCAUGCCGUCCCUGCAUUGCUGGUGAAGGGCGUCCCGUGGAAGAUACCCUCAAUAAGAGAGUCUCACUUCACGGUGGACUCGUUCCGGGCCGUUGUUGAUUCCAUGGCGUUUGAGGACGUUGAAUGGGCAUGGGUUGAUAUCGCUUGCAUAGAUCAAGAAGACGAGAUCAUGAACGCGGAAGAAGUCGGUCACCAGGUCGCUAUUUUCGACAAAGCAGUCAAGGUGCAUGUUUGGCUGUGCGAGGCAACACAGGAGAGUCUCACGAAGGCUUUUCACGACAUGAACGACGGCCAAUUGGAAUCCAUCACUUUCAGCACCUUCAGCACAUUAGAAAACCAGCUCAUGCCCUCGUACAUGACCUGGGAAGACGUUCGCCACCAGGAGUACAGGAUGACGGCCGUACGCGAGACUAUCGACCGUAUUAGUUCUGGACUGCAAACCGUACUCAACGAUCCCUGGUUUUCAUCUCUGUGGACCUUGCAGGAGGCCGUGUUGCGCAAUGAUGCUGUGAUUUUGAGCGCAGAAGGGCUUCCAUGUGUUUGGAUCACGUCCGAUGACGGCAGAAAGUAUCAAGCAUAUCUUGCAAUGUUCGUCAAUUUUUGCAACAACAUCUACUUGGAUGUCGUCAAUAUACUACGAGGCCUUGAAUCCCACGAACAGAUGGGCUACGACUUAAGCGACUGGGAAGUAGACAUGAAGACCAAGAUCGAAAAGACGCAAUCACUCCUUAUCCGUUCCGGCAUGUAUAAGUUGCCUACAUCGAACCCCAACAUCCCUUACAGCAUGGCAUGGUCUAGGCAGACCUCGAGACCGGUAGACCGCAUCUAUGGUAUUAUGCAAGCCUACAACCUGCGUGUGGGCAAGGUCAUUCGGCCGCAUGAUAACCCUUCCCUGGCAGAUCUCGUCCAAGAAUUUGCCUUGGCAAUAGUCAACAAGAAUCCCGUUCUCAGCCAGCUGUUUGUUCACACAGAAAAGCCUGCCGAGUCACUAAGCUGGCGCAUCACGGAGAACUCGGUUGUUCCGGCCAACUUUAGAUCGCCAAGAGGUUACGUGGUGAAAGCUCGAUUUUAUCUCCAAGGACAAGAUGUCAUGAGGGCACGCGGUCGAGUCUGCCGCUUGACUGAUGCCCUUGAAGUGCAAGAUAAACUUGUUCAAUUCCUCAAGGAGACAGAUACGUCUGAAUACGCAGAAUUCAAAGACGUGGACCACGACUACGACCGUAUCAGAAUCAUGACAGAUGCCGGAUUCACACAAGAGCAUCUGAACCUCAACGGCUACUUGUCGCGGUUCGAUUUACCGGGGUUCGGUUGGCUGUUUCCUCAGAAAGCUAAUUUGCCAUUGAUUCUCCGCGACUUAUGGGUAUUCCAUGUUGGAGAUAUUGAUUCAACUCGAGGAGAACUUUUGAAUAUCCCUGAGAGCAUAGCUGUGCUGCUUCGUCCCGCAAAUCAGCCAGCCAAUUCAGGCAGUGAUAGUAGCGAAUGGGCGGACGUUCCUUACAUGCGGGUUGGACUUUGCACCUGGGGACCGGAGGAGGAAGAAGGAAAACGCAUGAUGAACGAAGACAUUGACUGGAAGUCUGUGGAUUUUGAGUUCCACUAG